AUGUCCAUGUUGUCGUGCCGUGUGUUGUGUCUGUUGGCCAUUGUGCUUUGCUGUGUGGGUGUGACUCCUGCUGCUUCACAUGGCAAGUUAUCACCUGUUGAGUUGGCGAAAAAGGAGGUUGAGGAUACUUUGAAACUGAAAAAGGAGUGUGAAGAGGCCACCAAGGCUGCUACAGAUGCCGCGCAUAAAGCUCAACGAUUUGCACAUAACACUGAGAUUAAUCUCGUAAUAAUUGCUGCUGACCCAAAUGAGGUGGAGAAAAGGAAGAGUGAAGGUCUUCAAUUCAUUGAUAAUACAACGAAGGCUGCAAAGAAAGCAGAAGAAGUGCGCGACAAAACUACAGCCAGUAUAAAGGAAACUGAAAACAAAGUGUAUGCUCUUCCUCCAGCAGAACAAAUGAAAGCAGAGGAAGCACUUGGAGAAGCAGACAGCGCGACACGUGAUGCUACCAGUGCUAUCGAAACUGCGGAAACUCAUAUUAAUGGUGUGAAGAAGGUCCUGCAGAAACUCGACGCCGAAGUUGCUGCUGCCAAGAAGAAGAAGGGAGAACAGUUGGAGUCUCAGCCACACCCACAGACAAAGGAAACAUCUGUUGGUGAGCAGCAAGGUCAUACAGAAGGAAAUAAAGCGGAGCAAACACAGGAGAAACAAAAACAGCACUACCGUUCUACUUUUACUAUUAAUAUCCACGGAGAUAAUCUCGAUUCCUUACUCAAUGGUGCAGCGAAUAACAGUGGUAUGGCAUUAAAUGACGGCAGCAGCAGCCCUGCGUUACUGCGUGUUCCACUCCUGCUGCUGCUGCUGCUGCUCUCUGUGCUGGGCUGCAUNAUUGUGCUCUGCUGUGUGGGUGUGGCUCAUGCUGCUUCUGAUCCAUCAACAGUUAUGAAAAAAUAUGUUGAGCAGGCAAAGAUGUUGGCGGAAGAGACCAAGAAACUGAAAGAGGAGUGUGAGAAGGCCGGUACGACUGCUCGAGAGGCCGCGAAAGAAGCUCAACAAUUUGUUGCUACCAAUAAGGAUGAAAUCGAAAUAAUUGCUGCUGACCCAGAAAAAAUGAAGAACACGAAGAGUCAAUGUCUUAAACUCAUUGAUAAGGCAACGAAGGCUGCAGCUGAAGCAAGAAAAGUGGCCUUCAAAACUGGAGAAAGUGCAGAUAAAACUGACGACAAAGUCAGUUUUAUUAAGAUAUACGCAGAAAGAACUAAACGGCCAGUACCGGAAGAAAUUGCAGAGGUAGAGAAAGCAGUUAAAGAUGCACAAAAUGCAGUACUUGACGCUGAAGGACAUAUCGACGCUGCAAGAACUCAUGCUGAAGAAGUGAAGAAUGUCCUGAAGAAACUCGAUGUCGCAGUUGCUGCAGCUUAA